GGGCCGGCCUCACCGCUAUGCGCUGCUACGAGGACGAGGGCAGCUGGAGCCUGUCCUUCUCGGGCGCCGGCUUCCUGGGGCUCUACCAUGUGGGCGUGACCCGCUGCCUCAGCGAGCGCGCCCCGCACCUCCUCCAGGGCGCCCGCCGCUUCUACGGCUCCUCGUCCGGGGCGCUCAACGCCGUCUGCCUCGUCGCGGGCAAGUCCGUCGAUUUCUGCUGCUCCCAUCUCCUGGGCAUGGUCAAGCAGUUGGAGCAGCUGAGCCUGGGCAUCUUCCACCCCGCCUUCGCACCCAUUGAGCACAUUAGGCAGCAGUUGCAGGACAGCCUGCCUUCCAACAUUCAUAUCCUGGCCUCCCAGAAGCUGGGCAUCUCGCUGACCCGAUGGCCCGAUGGCCACAACAUCGUAGUCACCAACUUCACAACCCGCGAUGAAGUCAUCCAGGCUCUGGUCUGCACCCUAUACUUUCCUUUCUACUGUGGGACAAUUCCCCCCGAAUUCAGAGGGGAGCGCUAUAUCAACGGGGCUCUGAGCAACAACCUGCCCUUUGCGGACUCCUCCUCCACCAUCACUGUGUCCCCUUUCCACGGGACAGUGGACAUCUGCCCUCAGAGCACCUCGGCCAGCAUGCAUGAGCUGAAUGCCUUCAAUGCCAGUUUCCAGAUCUCCAAGAAGAACUUUUUCCUGGGGUUCGUCGCCCUCAUACCCCCAGCCCUGAGGUAGGUAGUAGCGGACAGCUGCAGACAAGGCUACCUGGACGCCCUCAGGUUCCUGGAGAGACGUGGACUUACCAAGGAACCGGUGCUUUGGAUGCUGGUGUCGAGGGAGCCCCCAGCCCCAGCUGAUGGGAGCCAGGAUGCCAGUCAUGACAGAGGCCAGAAGAGGGGCCUGUCUCUCAACUGGGCGGUGCCCAGUGUGCUGGUCAAGGAUGUGCCUGACUUUGAGCAGCUCUCACCAGAGAUGGAGGCCGCACUGAAGAAAGCAUGUGUGCGGGACCCUAGCACCUGGGCACGCUUCUGCCGGUCGGGCCUUGGGCGGGCACUGACCUACUUGUUGCUGCCCUACACACUACCCUUCGAGUACGUUUACUUCCGGAGCAGAAGGUUGGUGGCAUGGCUGCCUGAUCUGCCAGCCGACUUGUGGUGGAUGCGGGGCGUGCUGCAGGGCUUGGCCCUCGAGAUCUACUCCAGGUCAAAGGACCAGCUCCUCCGACUGGUCAGCCUGCCCAUGACCAGCCCCCUCCAGCCUGGGGCAGCUCUUCUUGUGGACCUGGCCAAGGAGCCCAGACCUCCCCAUCAGGCCUGAGGGGCACAAAGCAGGGCCAGCCCAGUGACUGGCCUCUCCUGGUCCUUGUCUUAGCCCUCAUCCUGUGCCCAGAUCUGCCCUCAGUCCUCGAGUCCUGACUAGUCUUCCGGAGCUCAGAGCCCAGUGUGGAGCUGUCUGCUGAGCAGCCUUCCUUUCCCCUCAGACUCUUGUCCCUGACUGUGUGGGCGUGUGGCCCCCAGGAGCCAGAAGAGGCCCCACCAGCCCCUCUGGAGCCCCUAUUCCUUGGAGCCAGCUCCUGGGGGCCCAAGGACUUCUUUUUGGGAGAGGCCCAGCCUGCUGGUGUGUCCCUUGGUCGCUGUGUCCAGGUCACCCUGUCAUCAGAGGGAAAAAGGAAGGUAGGAGCUGAGACACACAUCUUGGUUCUUGAAUUUCCAUGUAGGGGGACUCGGGGGCAGCAUCUGCUGAGAAGCAGGGUUCCAGUGCUUUUGCUGAGAUGUUUGCAGAGCACUUUACAGAAGAUAGAGAAAGUGUCAGUGAUUGGAAGGCAAAUGGAAAUGAUGGGUUGGGGUGUGCCUCCCCUCAGAUCCUUUCUCUGACUUCCUUUGUCUGGCACUCGCCCCAGGGUGACCCCCGUGGUCUGCUCAUUCCUGCAACCUUGAUCUCUGACUUCCUACUGGGUACAUCCAGCGGGAGCCCCCAGCAGGAGAUGCGAGGCUGGGAGGAGAGGGGGGGAUCAAAAUCUUCUCAGAAUCCCACCCACAUGUGUCCCAUCGGAGUGUCCAAGGGCCCCUGGCUGCCAGCACCAUUAUUCCUUACUAGUACCUGCACACAGCCCACUCCCAGGCCCCUUUCUUUCUCAGGCAGAGAGGAGACUGGGACACCAGCCCUCCUCUAGCCUCUCCUGGGAGCGGAUCCCUUUCCUGUCCUCAGAGCGGAACCCACACUGUGUCUUGGCCAGGCCCUUAGGAGGCACUCAGCCCGAGCAGGGAUGGG